AUGCCGUCUAAGAUCAAGCCUGCGGUCCUGGUGACGGAGGAGCAACCCCUGGAGGAGCAGAAAUUGCCACAGAACUGGCCUGAGGGCAUCACAUAUUUGACCGAUCACACCUACUCCGAUGCAGUGACCACAGAGCAGAAGACCGCUUUAUCUCGCACACUGUCAGACGAUGCUACUUGGAUACAAGUCCGCGCCAGCGAGAUAGAAUCUCCAAGCAAGAACGUUGAGAUCAAGGUCAUAACCGACGAGAAGCACCCUGCAUGUGGCCAGCGAGGGAUCUUUGCCGCCCACAGUCUCAUCCCAGACAGUUUCAUUCUGCUAUACCUUGGACAUGUUCACACAAAUGCACUGUCGGACACAGACUCGAAAAGUGAUUACGACCUCAAUCUCGAUGGCGAACUCGGUCUCAGCGUGGAUGGUGUGAACUCCGGCAAUGAGUCGCGCCAUGCGAACGACUAUCGCGGCAUAUCUGAACGACCCAAUGCAGAGUUCCGAGACUGCUACGUUCAAGUCCCGUCUGCGAGACGUGCAGGCGGGAUGAAGUGGGAGCGGAGGGUUGCCAUCUUUGUGCUCUCUGCUGGUAAUGCUGGGAAGAGGAAGGCUGGGAUCAAGGCUGGAGAGGAGAUCCUGGUCAACUAUGGUAAAAGUUAUUGGGAGGCAAGGAAGAGGAUUGCCUCUUUCCGGCACGAUGAAGCGAUGUUAAAGAUUGCCAGUCUUGCUCUCGAAGGGUGA